UUCAGCUACCUAUUCAGAUGGAGUCUGUUCAGGGUAUAUACUACUACUUCAGGGAUUAGAAGAACACGUACACGUGGUGGUGGUGUUGCUGGUGAUAUAAAGCACGAGAGAGAAUUUAACAAUUUAACACUUUGUGUGAAAAAUGGCUGCAAAACUUUUAGCAAAGAAAGCCCUCUUCCGCAUAUCUAAUUCUUUGCCUAAUCAUGACCCUCCUGGCUAUGUUCAAAUAAGUAGCAGAUUCUGCAGGGCUUGCUUCUCCACUUCUUACCAUGCCCAAGGUAGCAAAGCGGUUUCAGAACCUAGAAAUGUGCCUGAUAGUACAGGAAGCACAAAAAAUACAAGCACUAAUUAUGAAGCGAAAGAUCAAGCACAAGAUAUCAACGAUGAUGAAGAUGAUAUGAGUGGUGUGACAGGUUUCGUGGCAGACACAGCGAAACAAGGUGUUAAGAAAGCAAUGGACACGGCUGAGGAUGUUAGUGACACUGUUAAACAGGCAAUGGAAAGUGCUUUUGAUGUCACAACUAAGACCACACAACAUAUCAAGGCGACAAUAGUUGCGGAGGCUGAUGAUAAUGUGAUUGAUACAGCAGAGUAUAGAAGCAUUCAAGAUGCAGAAACUGAGAAAAGCAACCUGAAGGAUAUGGAAAGGUAGAUUAGAGAGCACUGUGUAAGAGUUUUGGUGGUCAAAGAAACUGAUAAAAUCGUGUUGAUAAAAUGGUGUUGAUGUUGAAUUCGCAAUCUCAAUGUUUAUUAUGCUUUGCAUACACAAGACAGUGUUUGUAUGACCUUAGUUGAACAUUAAUAUUUCUUAUUA